AUGCAGCCUGUGCCGCCGCCACUGCUGCCGCUCAUCCCUCCCGGCGUGGCCCACCGAACGCUGCUCUUCCAAAAUGCUUCCACCGUUGGCCAGCCGGGUGGGCAAGAUGCCCCCAGGCAGCAGGGCAUGGAGCCCAGAGGCGGCCAAGGUGCCAGGCACAGCGCCCACCUCAGAGGCCCUCUGGAAGCAGGCCUGGCGCCCAGGCCUUGGGCAGCCGCUGGGGCAGCAGAGGCGGCAAGAGAAGCAGCCCGAAUCCGGCGCAGGGCGGCGGCUGGAGGGAGCAAAGAAGAGCGCAGAGUCUGCAGAGAGAAGCAGAAGCCCGUGAUUCACUUCCUGCCAAGGGGCCCGGGAGCAGCAGCAGCAGCAGCAGCAGACGACGACGACGCCCCACCCCGCGGACAGACGCAGCCCGCAGCAGGCCCAGUCAAGGGCCAGGCGGCCCCGAGGACGGCCGUCUCCCCACGCGAGCCCCACGCGCCACGGAGAGAGGCAGGGCAGGGCGCCGCCGCCGCCCUGGAAGGAGGCCGCCCGGUGGCGCCCGUGACUAAACGCGGAAAGGCCCGCCGCCGGGCUCGCAUGUUUGUAUACACGCGCAACGCACGUGCGGAGCCAGCGCCGUCCCGGGGCCAGGAGCGAGAGGGAGAGAGGGAGCGCGCGCAGCCGCUCCACCCGCCCGGCCGGCCGCCCGCCCCCGGGACAGCCAGGAGCCGGGGCCCCCGCCUCGCCGUGCCGCCCCCGCGAUCUGCUCCGGGGGGCAGGAGCCCGGCCCCGACGGUCGGAGGCGCCCAGCUGGCAGCCCGCCGCGGCGGCGGCACAGAAGCGCCUCUCCCGCGUAGCCGGGCCAGGGGCGCCGGCGGGGCAGGAUCCCAGGCCGCCGCGGCCACCAAAGUCCCGGGGAGUUCCCUCCAUCCCUCCUUCCCUCCCUCCGCCAGCCCCGGAGUGGACGCGCGUCCUUGCCACGGCAUGGCCACUUCCUCCAUCUCUGAGAUACGUGACACAAAUGGUCAGCCAAAGGAGGCCACAAAGAGGGCGCCCCGUGCCCCGCCGUGCAGGGAUCUCAAGUCGGGCGGGGGCAAGGUGCCUUUGGAGCACGGGCAAAGUGCACCCCCUUCCAGUUGGAUCCAGUCCGCCACGUUGCAACCGCGCUUUGAUGGCAUGGCGAAGUUUUCAAGGGGAGCCCCAGCAGAGGGGAUUUCCCGGCCGCCGGUGACAAUCGCGCUAGCCAAUAAGGUGGCAGAUUAUGCCGGACGCACCAAUCAGCGAGCAAAUGGGGCUGGGCUUCGGGAGUUCCGGGGUUUGAGCGACGUCACUUUUGCUGCGUUGGAAGGAGUCAGAGGAGCCCGAAAAAUUGCCCAGAUGUUCUGCCCGGAGGAGCUGGCAGCGCUGGCCGAUGAAGACCUGCUGGACUUCCUCCUGGGGGAUGAUGCUCCCGCGGCCGGGCGCCCUGGGAAGGGGGCCUCCCUGCCGGAGGAGGGCUGGGCCCUGCCGGAGGCGGAGGUCUUGGGCGAGGCGGAGGUGGACGACUUCCUGCGAUGCCUCCUAAGCCCCUUCCUGGAAGAGUCGAGCGGCUCGACGGAGCCCUCUCCGCCCCGCAGCAGCAACUGCAGCAGCAGCAGCAGCAGCAGCCUUGCCGAGGAGCCGGACCUCUCCUGCAGCCCCACGAGCUGGGACGUGGGGGGCCCCGGCAGCCCCCCCAGCUCUGGAAGCGUCCAGUCCGAUCACAACUACUCCCUGCACCUGGAGCCGCCAGGCCCUGAAGCUGCCCUGCUGGAGAAGGAGACGGGCGACGGGGAGGUGGCCAUUGACCUGGAGAUGUGGGCGGAGACCUCAGAGGGGUCCAGCUGCAGCUGUCUAGCUUCUGGCCUCCCUGUGGCAGUGUCCAUCGAAGAGCCCUUGGCAGGCGUGGGCCUCCAGUUUGAUUUCCCUUCCUUGAUCCUGACUGAUGAAGAGAAGAGGCUUCUGGAGAAAGAGGGGGUCUCGAUCCCCUCCAACCUGCCCCUGACCAAGGCUGAGGAGCGGGUCCUGAAGAGAGUCCGCCGGAAGAUCCGCAACAAGCAGUCUGCCCAGGACAGUCGCCGGAGGAAGAAGGUCUAUGUGGACAGCCUGGAGAGCAGGGUGGUGGCCUGCACAGCCCAGAACAGCCAGCUUCAGAAGAAAGUGCAGCUGCUGCAGAAGCAGAACCUGUCGCUGCUGGAGCAGCUGCGGAGGCUACAAGCCCUGGUCCAGCAGUCAUCCACCAAGACCACCACGGCUAGCACCUGUGUCAUGGUCUUGCUCUUGUCCUGCUGCCUGAUCCUCUCGCCCAGCUUGUAUCCCUUCGGGGGCCGCGAGCAGCACCUGCAGCUCCAGGGAGUGCUGUCCCGGAGGCUACGGGAGUACCAGAGCAACAGCGCCCAGGUCCUGGCCGAGAUGCCCCAGCCUAAAGAAGCCACAACGAGUAUGCCCACUGGGCCUGCGCUGCAGUCAGAGGAGACGGUGCCCAGGGAAGCCCUGCAGCCCUCGGGAAGCCUCAACCAGUCCCUGGAGGGCCACGGGAAUCGCCCAGAGGCCCAGCCGCCCUUGGCCGGUGGCGGUGGCGGCAGCGGUGGCAGCAGCAGCAACUUCUCCUCCUCUUCUCCCCAGCCAACGGGGCUGCUGCCUGCAGACCACCAGCGCACAGGGCGAGAGGAGGCUCUCCAACCUGUCUCCAUUGACCACAAGCAUGGCUGGGUGGACCGUACCACCAGUGUGGUCAUCCAGUCGCGCCACUCGGACGAGAUGUGAGGAGGUCCGAGGCCUCUGGAGCGCUCUGCCGGCAGCGCGUGGAUGGCUGGGCAGGCGGACAGACGCUUUUCUCUGCUUGCAGGGCACUGCCGGGGGUGGCAGGGCCGCCUCUGGAGGGGAACCAAAAGCAGUCCCUUAGGUGGUGCUGGCUGGGAGUGAUGGGAGUUGUAGUCCGAGGCAUCAAGGCUGAGGAGGGCUGCCUUGUGUUCCCCCAGUGCAGCAGCAGCACCUCAGGCAAAGGGCAGCAGGUCUUGGGCACAGGCGGCCUCCCGAGUUCCCCUGAGGCCCUGGCCAGCCCCAGACCGAGCUGGGGCCACCAUGCUGUGUGAAGGGCUCCCCUGGCGUCCUGCAGGUGGUGGUGUGGGGCAGCGGUGCCAUGCCAUCGUGCGUCAGCCCCCAUGGUGGGACAUGGCCCUGUGUGGUGGUGGCCCCUUGUCAGCGGCUGUUCCAGCUUGGCUUGAUUGCUCUUUUGGUGCCCUGGUCAUAUCAUAAAAGUCCUGCUCCUGGUAGACAUGAAAUCAGCUAGAAUUGGUUUCCUAACAGGAGGCAGCCUUUGGGCAGGAAGCGUCACCAAAGCUGACCCCGGCGCAGGGCUUCUCUGGCUGGUCUCAGCACAGGAAGUCAGGCAGGAAGGAAAGGGGAGCUUCUUCAGAGGCUGCUGCUGCUGGCAUUUUGGCCCUCUCGUAGGGCGCGGCUCUGGGGAUUGCCAUGCUGAGCGCCUGCAUUUCAGAACGGACCGCCACACCGCUGGGCAGUGGCUGUUCUGGGAUGAGGCACAUGCAGGCAAGGUUCAGCCGCAGACUAGCAGGGAGCUGGCUGCUGUGAGCCGUGGCCUCUUUGUGGGGCUGCUGUGAGGUUGCUGACCCCUGCUCUCAAGGAGUGCCCUUGCCUGCCGGGGCAUCUCUACACACAGUGCUGCUUGACCAUUCUUCCUCCAGGGUCUCUGAAGGAUCCUCUUCCUCCCUCCCUUCUUCCUGGGCCGAGAUCAGCCUGGCAAGCCUUGCUCCAGGGUCAGCUGGGGUGCAGUUUCCUGCCCGAUGUCUGUCUCCGUGGAAGGAGUGCCUUGAGGAGCUCUGGACAGAAAGGUGCCUCCCUGCAUGGAGGAGGAAGGAGGAUCCGGGCCUUCUGCGCUGGGCAGCCUUCCCCCUUCGGCAGGCAUCCAUGGGAGCUCUUUUAGUCCUGCCUGGCUUCGACUGUAGCUCGUCUUGUGUUUGUGAGGGUUUUAUUUUGCUUGUUUGUCUUGUUCUGUAAUUGGAAGGAGCGGAGCCUUUUUUUAGCCUCACGCUGAUAUGUAAAUAAUAAAUGUGGCGGGGCGACCCCCUCCCCUGCUCCUUCCUGUCGGG